CUAGCAUCCUUAUUGAAAUCGAGAUCAUGAAGAAAAAAAUAGGUUUAUGUAGUAAUUACAGGAAAAAGUAUUGGAAUAAGUAAAGGUUGAAGAGAAGAGGGAGGAAGCUUCCAAGUUUCAACACUGUUAAGUAGAGUCCAAGAAAGAAGAAAGUCAGAGAGAGUAGGCUUGAGAACUCAACUGAACUGAGGCGAAGCAGCCUCCAAAGUGGGGACCAAAUCCACGCGGCACACACGCCCAUUGUGUGACCUUUUCCACCACUCCCCACUUUCCCAUUUCUCUUUCUUUCUUUCUUUCUGCUCCAAACCAACUUCAAUUUUUAAAAAGAAAACUCUAUUUCUUCAUGCAUUUCCACCACAUUUGACUCGCUUUUUUACUUCCUUCAUUUCUAUCUGCUAUCUCUCUCCUUCCCUCUUAACCCUUUUUUUCUUCUCUGAGUUCGGUUCUUUCUUCUUCAUCCUUUCUCUCCAUCUGCAAAUGGCUCCUCUCGCUGUGAUUUCCUUGUCCCUUUGUUUUCUACUUCCACUUCUUUCCCCUGCCAUUUCAACCAACUCUGAAGGAAAUGCUCUGCAUGCUUUAAGGAGGAGGCUUUCUGACCCUACCAAUGUGUUGCAGAGUUGGGACCCUACGCUUGUCAAUCCCUGUACUUGGUUUCAUGUCACCUGUGAUUCCCACAAUCAUGUGAUUCGCUUGGACUUGGGGAACUCUAAUAUCUCUGGAACUUUGGGGCCUGAGCUAGCUCAACUCCAACAUCUCCAGUACUUGGAGCUGUACAAAAAUGACAUAAGUGGGGAAAUUCCAAAGGAGUUGGGGAAUCUGAAGAACCUUGUUGGCUUGGAUUUGUAUGGUAACCGGUUCGAAGGAGAAAUUCCCAAGUCUUUUUCCGGACUGAAGUCACUGAGAUUCCUUCGUCUGAACAACAAUAACUUGACAGGAUCCAUUCCAAGGGAGCUUACUGCCCUCUCUAACCUUAAAGUAUUCGAUGUUUCUAACAAUGAUCUCUGUGGGACUAUCCCGGUUGAUGGCCCUUUCGGGAUGUUCUCAAUGCCAAGCUAUGCAAACAACAUGCGCUUGAAUGGGCCAGAGCUGAAAGGACUUGUGCCGUAUAACUUUGGCUGCUGAAGAAACCAAUCUUUGUCGAACUCAUGAGCGCAAAAGCUGUGGUGACAUCCCCAUGCUGAUUUUAUGUAGGAGUAGAUAGUGAGAUGCUCUACUCUGUAUCUAUAUAAUCUAAAAAAUAACAUGAUGCUAGGUUUUAAGCCUUUUGAUUUUUUUACAUGUCAAGCAUGAAAUAUCUUUGUUAGAGUUGGUCAUGCUAUCAAUAUAUACAUAUAUUGAUAUCUUUACCUUGAAACUCAUGUCUUAUUGAAUGGACAUCGAAGUAGGGACUUAAGGCCUUAGGGAAGACUGUUCAAAGAGGGGCGAAACUGCAAAUUCUAUAAAGAUGGGUUGGGGUAUAUGUAGUAAAGAUAAAAGGGUUAAAAUUUAAAUUUAUCACCAUAAUGUUGCUA